CGCCGGGUUUGCUCUCAGAUAACGCCCCCUCUGCACGGGGGGCAAAAUUCGCCUCCGCUCGUCGACAGGACUCGCCCUUCCCCACUCAUCAGCAGUCCAGUUUUGACAGAAAUGAUCGUGUUUGUUAGGUUUAGUUCAAGCCAUGGAUUCCCAGUGGAGAUUGAUCCAAAUGCCAGCAUCUUCCAACUUAAGGAGGCAGUUGCUAAGAGACAAGGUAUUCCAAUUGACCAGCUGCGUGUGAUCUUUGCUGGAAAGGAACUGAGGAAUGAUUCGACACUGCAGAACUGCGAUCUGGUCCAGCAAAGCACAGUUCAUGUGGUACAGUCAUCUCAACCGACUAGACAAGCAGUGGGUGAUUCAAGCUCUAAAUAUCAUGAAAACAAAAUGGAUCCACUUACGUCAACUAGACCGCAGCGCAUCUGUGGUUCCAAGACGUUCUACUGAUCUUACUGUUAUGCUGGGGAAUGAAGUCCAAGGUGGUAAUAGACAUCCUGAAAAUGCAGGUUCAAGGCGUUACCACAGUUUUUAUGUCUAUUGCAAGACUGUGUGCAAGGCUGUGCAGCCUGGAAAACUCAGAGUCCGUUGCAGUACUUGUCAGCAUGGAACGUUGACUUUAACCAUGGACCCAACAUGUUGGGAAGAUGUUCUGGAAAAAAAUAGGAUGACUGGUGUAUGUCAAGCCAAAGAUUGCGAUGGAAAUGUUGCUGAGUUUUAUUUCAAAUGUGGAAACCAUCCAACCUCCGAGAGCGACGCAUCAGUGAUUUUGAACUUAAUUACUCCCAACAGGCAAAAUGUCCCCUGUAUAACCUGCACUGAGACUGUUGAUCCAGUGUUGGUAUUCCCGUGUGUGGAUCAACAUGUCAUCUGCUUGGAUUGUUUCUACCUAUAUUGCAUGACACGGCUGAAUGACCGGCAGUUUAUUCAUGACCAAGAGGUUGGAUAUUCUCUCCCUUGUGUCGCUGGCUGUCAAGAUUCACUCAUUAAAGAAGCACAUCACUUCAGGAUACUUGGAAACGACCAGUAUGAUCGUUAUCAGCACUAUGGAGCGGAGGAAUGUGUGCUGCAAAUGGGUGGGCUACUUUGCCCAAGACCAGGCUGUGGAGCUGGCCUGCUUCCCGAUGGAGGCCUACGCAGAAUAGAAUGUCUGCCACAGAACGGACUGGGCUGUGGGUUUGUUUUCUGUCGUGAGUGCAAGGAGGAGUUCCACGAGGGUAGGUGCUGCGGAAUCCACGAUACAGCCGCUGCUGUGAGCCAGCAGCAUUUCGUUGUCAACGAACAAGCUGCCCAACGAGCGCGUUGGGAAGAGGCUUCAAGGCAAACCAUCAAGGAAACAACCAACCCUUGUCCAAAGUGCCAAGUACCAGUGGAGAAAAACGGAGGCUGCAUGCACAUGAAAUGCCCCAGGACUUCCUGCCAGUUUCAGUGGUGCUGGCUGUGCAGACAAGAGUGGAAUCGCGACUGCAUGGGUGACCACUGGUUCGAGUAAGCUGCACCGCAAAGGAAGAGGCCAAACGAACACAGAGACUCAGGAAUCUGCUUAGAUUUCGUCAGAGACCAGAGACAGUUGGAUUUCAGCCCUUUCGUGUGUCGGUAUUCAAGACUAUUUUCAUUAUUCAGGUAGAGGGCACAGCUUUAAUUUGAGAGUCGUAAAGUUUAAAGGAGAUGUGUGAGGCAAGUCUUUCAUGCAGAGAGUGGUGAGUGUCUGGAACGUGCUGCCAACUGUAGUACUUUUGGUUCCAGUACUAGUUACACUUAGAACAAAGAACAGUGUAGCACAGGAACAGGCCCUUCAACCCCCUAUGUCUAGUUUAGUUUGUAAUUGCAGAUCCACUUUUGAGACCAGCAGCGGAGUGGCGCCUGGCUUAUGCCAAUUUAACCUGCAUGUCUGCCUGCAGAUGGUCUAUAACCAUAAAUUCUCUGUCUGUCCAUGUGUUUGUACAAAUGCCCUUUAAACACUACUUUCAUAUCCACAUCCACCUCUUCUCUGAUUGUGUUCCAGGCACUGACCUUGGAUGCUGCCUGUGUGAAGUUUGCACGUUCUACCUGUGACCGCAUGGGUUUCCUCCGGGUGCACCGGUUUCCUCCCACAUCCCAAAGACAUGCGGGUUUGUAAGUUAAUUGGCCUCUGUAAAAUUGCCCUAAUGUGUAGGGAGUGGAUGAGAAAGAGGGGAUAACAUAGAACUAGUGUGAAUGGGUGAUUGAUGGUCAUCGUUGGUGGGCUAACAGGCCUGUUCCCACGCUUUAUCUCUAAACCAAACUAAAUCAACUCUCCAUUGUGACAGGGAUGGGUAGGUGGGAAUGAUCGUUAAUGGGGGAAGGGCAGCAGGCUGCUGUCACCGUGUCAUGCCACUGUGGGCUGGAUGUAAUUGCACCUGGACUUUGCCACUGUUGUAAAGUGCUUGUAAUAUGUUGAGAAUAUUGUCAUUCUUGCUCGGUGGUGUCAACUGCUUCUUCAUGCUUCUUAAACGGGUUUCUUAAAUUAACACGCUAUAUUAUCGAACCGGUUUGUUGGUUGAUUAUUGCAAAUAAAUGGUACAUGGAACAACAUUUCAUCAUUUUCCUUUUGAAAUGUUUGGCUCAUUCAUUUCUUGACUUUAAAAAGAACACUGAGACAUCAUAGAAUGGCCACAGUCUGUGCUGACAUCUGCAACCACCCGUGAUGACUCUCCGCACUGGUCCUAGUGCAGGAUCAACUAUCAUCUGAUCUAAUCACCCUACUCUUUAAAAUCUCUUUUCCUCGUAAAUAUAUCACUAUUUCAAGCUGUACUAACAUGCUGUACCUUUCUCUUUGCUCCGCUUUUUUUUGUUAUCUUGUCUUUGUUGUCCUGAUUGUAUUCUUGUGUAGUAUUAUUUGAUUUGAUUGGACAGCAUGCAAACAAAACCUUUCUUGGUACACACGACUGAUAAACACAAACCUAAACACCAUUUGCUUCAAGGAAAACCCCAUCAUUCCAGUCUCCAAAAAUAGUAAAGUGACCCAUCUCCAUGACUUCAAAGUGACCCAGUAGUUCUAACAUUGAUCACAAUGAAGUGCUUGAUAGACUAGUACUGGCCCACAUCUGCGCCAGUUUCACGAUCAAUCUAGACUCCUGGCAAUUCGCAUUCAGGGAAAUAAGUGUACGAAAUAUGCCAUCUCCCUUGCACCACAUUCAGCUCUGAAUCACCUUGACAAUAAGAACACCUAUGUUAGGAUACUAUUCAUUGACUGCAGCUCAGCCUGCAACAUCACAAUAAUGAGCUCAUCCAUAAAUUUUGGGACCUUGGCCUUGGCAUCGCCACCUGCAACUGGUUUCUGGACCUCCUGACUGGCAGACCUCAACCAGUUAGAAAUGGUCAUAACGUUUCCUCUACCCUGCCACUCAACACCAGUUCCCCUCAGGGUUGUGUGCUCCCUGUACACCCGUGACUGUGUGGCCCAAGUACAAUGCCAACUUGAUCGUUUACCAGUGAGCGUUCUAUUAGUUGUUUUGCACUUCUUACCGUGCGUUCGGCCAGGCCGUUGGACUGCGGGUACUCGGGGCUGCUGGUGGUGUGAUGAAAGUCCCAGCGUGUCGCAAAAUACUUGAAGAGCUGACUGGAGAAUUGAGUUCCAUUGUCUGAGAGAAGCUGGAGGGGUGUUCCUUGGACAGAGAAGUGGCGAGUGAGUUUUUGAAUGGCCAUGGCUGAGGUCGGGCUGCUGAGCAGGUCUACCACGAGUGCGGCAAUAACGAAUGAAGUGGUUUUUCUUCUUGCAGUAGUGGCAAGUUUUGCUGAAAGCGAGGCGUUGCUCACGAAAUUUAGGGUGUGAGCCGCCGCAUUUACCACAGUUAUGGAUCAGUGGGUCGGUUCCCCUCCCUGGGGCUGUUGGUGGUUGUCGAGGGGCUGUUGGUGGUUGUCGUGGGGACCUAUAGAGGCAUGGACAUCAGAGGCAGAGUGUGGUCCCUGUCCCAGGGAUUUGGUAUGAGUGUGACUGAACUCCGCAACACGACAGGCACGUUCAGCUUUAGCUAGUGUGAGCUCCACAUCCCGGAGUAGUUCAUUUCUCACCUUGUCAUUCAGGAUGCCAUAUACGAGUCUACCGCGGAUGAGUACGUCGCGGUCCUGGAAGUGGCAUCUUGCAGCGAUGCUCUUCAGGGCACCGAUGUAGGAUUCGUCUCGCCCUCGUGUUGACUACGGGAAAAGAAUUUGUGGUGCUCCAUGAUAACGUUGAUGCGAAGUUGGCACAGUUUUCGGAACUUUCGGAGGAGGCAGGUGGGGUUUCUGAUGGACUCUGCCGGGGUCACAACAUGGGUUACCUCAUCGGUAUGUUCUGGGGCGUAAUUAAAGUCCUGUACCUGCAGGGCAGCCUCUGUGCCCGCUACAUUGAGGAGAAUUGAUGCAACGGUGUGAGGAGCAGCACCCGGGUGGGCAGCUUCAAUGAAAAUUCCGAAUUCCACCUCGAAGAUGCGCCAACGUUCGGCAAGAUUACUGUCAAAUAUCAGAGGAUCGGGUUUGCGAAAUUACCCAUCCAUAGUAACAGAGCGAUGGUCCAUUGUAAAAAAAUAAACUAAAAUAAUUUCAGGCAAAAGAGUUGGAGAAGUAGUUCAAAACUCCUGACACCAUGUUUGUUAUUGAUCCACUACGACAACAUGGUAAAACAUAGGUCUUUAUUCCAUUCAGAAAUACAGAGCAUUUAAGUUGCACAGCCGUGCUCAUGAAGCUCAGCAAACAUUCUGCCAGCUGGCCAUCA